AUGAUAAAGUUUUUAUUUGGUUUAUUAUUUAUGAUUCCUUUAACUUUUUUGGGAGGUUUUUGACUUAAUCAAUUAGUUUGAUUUGUUGUUUCUUUUUUAUUUAUUUUUAGGUUUUCUUUUAGGGGGUUGUUUUCGAGAAUUUCCUAUGAAUUUGGGGGGGAUUUACUUUCUUUUAUAAUAUUAUUUUUGAGUUUUUGAAUUUGUAGGUUAAUGUUGUUGGCUAGAGAAAAGAUUUAUUUGAAGAAUAGUUGAACAGGUUUUUUUAUGUUUGUGGUAUUAAUAUUGAUAUUAUCUUUAUAUUUAACUUUUAGUUCUUUGAAUUUAUUUAUUUUUUAUAUUUUUUUUGAGGUUAGUUUGAUUCCAACUUUAAUUUUAAUUGUCGGUUGAGGAUACCAACCGGAGCGUUUACAAGCUGGGGUUUAUUUAUUAUUUUAUACUUUAUUGGCUUCUUUACCAAUAAUGAUUUCUUUGUUUUUUUGUUAUGGGAAAUUUUAUUCUUUACAUUAUUUUUAUUUGUCUGGGAUAGUAAAUAGUUUAUUUAUUUAUUUAUUGGUCAAUAUAGUAUUUUUUAUUAAAAUUCCAAUGUUUUUUGUUCAUUUAUGACUCCCUAAGGCUCACGUUGAGGCUCCUGUGUCGGGGUCAAUGAUUUUAGCAGGAAUUAUGCUUAAAUUGGGAGGAUACGGAAUAAUACGAUUAAUGAUUAUAUUUCAGGAAAUUGGUGCAUUAAUUAAUGUUAUUUUUAUUGGAUUGAGAUUAGUUGGAGGAUUUUAUGUUUCGUUAAUUUGUUUACGUCAAAGUGAUAUGAAAUCUUUAAUUGCUUAUUCUUCAGUAAGACACAUAGGAUUGGUAUUGGCAGGAGUGAUAACAAUAAAUUUUUGAGGAUUAGGGGGUUCAUUAACAAUAAUAGUUGCGCAUGGGUUAUGUUCUUCUGGACUUUUCUGUUUGGCUAAUAUUUCUUAUGAGCGUCUUCAUAGACGUAGUCUUUAUAUAAAUAAGGGUUUAAUUAAUGUGAUACCUAGCUUGUCAAUAUUCUGAUUUCUUUUAUUAGCAAGAAAUAUUGCUGCUCCUCCUUCAAUAAAUCUGUUGGGUGAAAUUGUUCUUAUUAAUAGAUUAGUGGGGUUUAGUGAACUAAGAAUAAUUUUUUUAAUAUUAGUUUCUUUUUUUGGGGCUGUUUAUUCGUUGUUUUUGUACUCUUACAGUCAACAUGGUUGUUUGUAUUCAGGAUGUUAUUCAUACUUUUCUUGUAGGGUUCGAGAAUUUCUUUUAUUAAUGUUACAUUGAUUGCCUUUAAAUUUAUUGGUUUUGAGGGGAGAUUUAUUGGUUUUAUGAAUUU